AUGGCCCUUACUCGGCCUCCAGCAAGAAUUCGCAAAAGCAUUCGAAGAAUGGAACGGUCACUGCAGAAAGCGAAGAACGAAUGCAGGGCAGACAAGGUAAUGUCCCUUAUGUCAGCAGAAAUUUACAUUGGGAAGAAGCAGGAGCUGGACAAAAUGAAGCGCGCUACUUUGGAAAUGGGAUUUUACCUCCAAAAACCCAAGGAAACGCAGGAGAAAGCCACCAUGGAGAAGAACCAGCCGAUCGAGGAUGAACCAAUGGCCGAGGAUGACGUGAUGACUGAAGAGGACUCCAUGAUGGAGGAGGAUUCGGGGGAGGACUCAUCUACCGCGCACGACUCAAAUACUGAGAAACAUGUCAAGAGCGAUGAGAACAAGAAGGAAGGAGAACAUGUCAUGGGUGCUAUGGAUGAAGAAGCGAACAGCAGUUCGGAGGAUUCGAGCGAAGAAUUUUGCACCGAUAUGGAAACAGACACGGAGAGUGAAAGUAGCGAGCCUGAAGACUACGAGGAUGAAGCUAUGGAAACAGUUGAACAUCCCGAGGAGGAUUCAAUCAGCCCUCAAGUCGAAGAUCCAUACUACAACUGGUACAAGGCAAUGACAGCACGGUCAGCAUGGACAGACAAUGAAGGCACAUACGCAGACACAGAGAAGGAUAACAAUAAAAAUGACGGCGACAACGAAAUCAAGACCGAACCUGGAACUCAAACAGAAAACGAGCUUGUGAAUGACAGCCCGAAUUCCGAAGAAAUGGAGGAAGAAAUCACUGAAGGCCAAGCCUCACCAGAGCCCAAAGCCCAGCCCACCAACACAAACCCAGGGCCCAUGACUGUUCGCAUGACCGGCAUGUCUUGCAGGCCCCUCCACGACAGCGACACGGAUAUUGAAAGUGUAGACUCCGACCCAAGCCCGCAGGGGGACGAACUCCCCGCCACCGAAGAAGCAAAAAGCAAAAGCCUAGUCCUCAAAUUGCCACUCCAGGCUCGACAAGUCAGAAUGAGACCCGAGUCGACAACGACGUCCUACUGCAGCUCAUCCUCUGACCACGACCAAUUCUCCGACGACUCAAGCGCCGAGCUCCUAAUCAGGGUUGCCAGCGACAACGUCAACAGCCCACCGACACGCCACUACUUCAGGAAGCAGGUAGCCUGGCAAAUCGAGCGCCACAUCCAAUGGACCGGGCAAAAUGCCCCGUGGAAAAACGCAAGGCAGCUGUGCCGCACACUAGACGUCAAGACAGCAGCCUCUCUCCGGCGCGGAAUAUACGGGCCGGGAAAUAUGCGUCUCAAUAAGGAAUACUGUGUGCAUGAUAGCAAAUUGCAUGAUUGGGGCCGGCCUGCACACUGUCUUCGGACGGGAGUUGAGCUGUCUGGUAAACCUAUCUCGUGGCUGUGGCAUAAAGAGGCGCGGGAGCUUUUGAUUUCGUUGGAGAACUUCUACUUUGGCCUUGACGAGGAGGAGAAAGAUGAGCUUCCUGAGAAUGCAUUUCAGUGGUGGGAGUUCCGAGACCAGUAUUCACCUUUAGAACGGUGCUUUGGCGCGGAGAUUGUGGAGCUUUUUGAGCAGGCGGGGAAGGGACCUGGCGCUGAUGAUGAGGGUGAAGAGUAG